AUGCUUCAAUGCUACGUAUCCACUACGACUUCAGUUACUGAACAACACUGUGGCAAUCUCACUGUUGUUACUUGUGCGAGCUACCAAUUUCUAUGUCAAAACGAUAUUCUUUGUACUUACAAUGAAAAUUUGAACAAUUCAACGAAGUGCCUCUAUCGAAUUAUGACUAAUGAAUCAUGUUUGGCAUUGUCCUCAAUACCUCAACAUACCAAUGUAAUAUGUUGUCAUAAAAAUAUCUGUAACAAUCAAGGACUCGACGAUCUUACUGGUACGAUACCAUAUUCAGUUUUGUUUUACGUUAUUAUCGGUGCUGUUUCGCUUGCAUACAUUUUCAUGUCAAAUUUUACUAUUUGUGUGCUGUUUGUAUUUAUGCAUGAAGUUUUCAAUUCGAUAUUUUUAAAAUAA